AUGAAAAGGUUCUGCCCUAUACCCCGAGUCGACGCUCAGUCUAACACCUCCGACGUUCUGUCUAUGCAUUACUUAGCUUCAGCUCGUGGAAACAAGCAGUUAUCGGAUGGGGAAUCUUCUCGGCCUAGUCGGUUGAUUCGUGAUCAAGCCUCGGUUUGGCCGGAGCCCCGCAACGGCAUGUACUACACUAACUGCCCCUUCUGGGGUCCUUUCUCCGCAUCAAUCUAUCUUCGACCUCUAGAUAAAGAAGCGUCCCCCGUAGGCCCUAUCAUUGUCCUUAAUCGUUAA